UAUGCUUGGUGGUUGUUGGUGUUCCCACGAGGCCACAGCAGAAGCAAAGGCUAACACUGUUUGAGUUUGUAUCGAUGAGUUCGCAGCCUCUGUCACCUCAAAAUUUCAGAGAUCUAUUCGAUUCGGUCGAAGCUUUUCUCUUUGACUGCGAUGGUGUGAUUUGGAAGGGUGAUACGCUUAUCGAUGGUGUUUCACAAACUCUGGACAUGCUUCGCUCAAAGGGGAAGAAGCUUGUGUUUGUCACCAACAAUUCCUGGAAGUCCAGAACCCAAUACGCUGAAAAGUUCCGAUCUUUAGGAAUCCCGGUUUCCCAGGAUGAGAUAUUCUCCUCGUCUUUUGCAGCUGCUAUGUACUUGAAGGUCAACAAUUUUCCUUCACAAAACAAGGUGUAUGUAAUUGGCGGGGAAGGUAUAUUGGAAGAGGUUCAGCUUGCUGGUUUCACUGCUUUUGGUGGUCCUGGAGAUGCGAAUAAAACAGUGGACCUGAAGCAGAACUGCAUUGUUGAACAUGAUAAGAGUGUUGGAGCUGUAGUGGUUGGCUUAGAUCCAUACAUUAACUAUUACAAGCUUCAGUAUGGAACCCUUUGCAUACGUGAAAAUCCUGGAUGCCUUUUCAUUGCCACCAACCGUGAUGCAGUUGGACAUAUGACUGCUUUGCAAGAAUGGCCUGGUGCUGGGUGCAUGGUUGCUGCCAUAUGUGGAUCAACUCAGAAGGAGCCUGUUGUAGUUGGGAAACCAUCUACCUUUAUGAUGGAGUUUUUACUUAAGAAAUUCAAUGUUAGUUGCUCCAAGAUGUGUAUGGUUGGUGAUAGACUAGAUACUGAUAUAUUGUUUGGACAAAAUGCUGGUUGCAAAACUCUUCUAGUGUUUUCAGGUGUCACAACUCAAUCAACUCUACAUGACCCUUCAAAUAAUAUUCAGCCGCACUACUAUACAAGCAAAAUUUCUGAUAUGCUUGACUUGUUGGGAGCAUAAGUUAGUUCUUCCCAAUUUAGACAUUUCUUUUGAGGCCCAUUGAGACCAUAGAAUAAUGCAACAUACUCGCACGCACACAUACUUUGCCUCAUAUCUACAAAAUUUUCACCAUCUAAUUACAGCUUGUCACACUUUGUUUGCUACCUCACUUUAACGUGAGGUGAUGUGCACCAAGCAUUAUUUGAGACUAUAAUAGUUGUUCUCCCAUGUAGUUCAGAAUCAUUGGAUAUUCUGUACGAAUGUUUUUAAAUAGCACCUAGUCCGUAAAAUUGUACUGUACUCAGAUUUAUUCUUUCUGCCAUUUCAAUGGUAUGCCACCAGGAUUAUUACGUAAACGAGGCAAUGUAAGCUAA